AUGCAAAGAUUUAAAUUCACAUCACACCGCAGCACUCGCGUGUAAAACGGUUGCCUUUUCCGGCUAAAAUCAAGGUUAAAAAAUAAAAAUAAAAAAAAAAAUCAUUAAACAGCCGCCGGAGUGUGUUAGCUUGCAAUUUCUCGGAAUGGAGAAGGCAGAUUCCGCUGAGCUUGCUCUCCCCUACAAGCUUCUCGCCUCCUAUCCAUCUGGUCUUUCCCGAGCACAGGUUGAAGUCAUUUUUGACAAAUCAUAUGAUAGGAUUCCUCAUCCAGACAUAAAUUUGGAGAACUCAAUCAAUGAGAUAUGGGAUCAGAGAGUUCAGAGAAAUGCAUCUUUGUACAAUGGCGAAAAAUUCAGGUAUGGAGGACUUACUCAUAAAAGUGGAGAUGGAUCCAAUCAAGAGUCAUGUGUAUGCCUCCACCUUGGAUUGACAGAUUAUAGGACUUUUGUGGGGACAAACUUGAAUCCUUUGUGGGAAAAUUUCUUGGUCGCAUCAGAAGAUGACUCACUACAGUGUCAGCACACUUCAAGUCCUCUUGGUAAUGGUGCAGUUGUAGAGACAUUUGACAAGAAAAUAGUUGUUUUACAAAGAAGUAACAAUGUUGGGGAAUUUCCUGGGCACUUUGUUUUCCCAGGAGGCCAUCCUGAGCCUCAUGAAGUUGGCAUAGCAAACCAUCAUUAUGGAAAGGACACAAUAGAAUCUAAGUUUCGCAAUGAGAAAGUUUCUCAUGAGAUGUUUGACAGUAUUAUUCGUGAAGUAGUUGAAGAAAUUGGGGUUCCAGCUGCAUCUCUUGUGAGUUACAAAGUCUCCUAGUGUAUAAUAUAUCCCUUGGCAGUGACUUGUAUUUUCUUUCUCUGGUCAUGGUUUCAGUUACUAAAAUUGAAUAUUAUUAUAUUUAUCUUUUAGAUAGAAUCCUUCUAUUGGCUUUUCUGCCCAUUAUGCCUUACUCAACUCAUUAUUGUCAUAAACAAUGUUGAAUUUCCUCAUCAGAGGAUACUGUCUCCUCCUCGAAAUUCUGCUCUAUUUUCCCUAGAGGAAAGUAUAUCAUUUUUCUGCUUGCGUAAAGUUUCCACUGUAGCAUUUUUCCAUUACUGAUUAAAUUUUCUUAUCUAGAAACUGCUAAGCUUGGUCUUACUGUUUUACAUCUUUCUUAAUCUGUUGCAGUCUGAUCCAAUUUUUAUUGGUAUAUCUCAAAGGGUGUUGAAUGUAAGACCUGCUGCUUUCUUCUUUAUCAAAUGCAGUCUUCAAUCAAAAGAAAUUCAACAAUUGUAUUCCACUGCACAGGAUGGCUAUGAAUCCACACGACUAUAUACAGUUUUGAUGGAUGAAUUAGAGAAAAUGGCACCGAACAUGCCCGGAUGUCAUCAAGGUGGAUUUGCCCUCUAUAAGCUGAUGGUAGAAGAUUCGAAGAAUACCCGAUGAAAGUUCACUGUUAACAGAAAUUUCACUCUCUCCGUCCUCAACCUCUCAGCCAUAGUCUAAUGGCUUUGAGUUUGUUUAAUAAUUGUUUUUCCUUUGGAUAAAGAGACAGAAAGUAGGUGAUAUGCAUCUUUAAACCCCUAGACUAGAUAUGCAAAGGCAUGCUAUCAAAUGUAUCAGUCAAUCUCACCUUAUGAAGCUACUCUUUGAGUUUCAAUUCAUGUCUUUUUGGUUUAGUCCAUAUUCUGUCUGUUAACAUCUUAAGUCAGUGGUCUCAAAGCAUACAUAAUAAAUGCAUCUUUUUGGGACAUCCUUCGUGAAGUCCUUCUCACUUGCUAUGUCAGGAACCUCAAAGCUAGCUGAAAUCGAGAAUCAACCAGCUGGUAAGUAUUAUUAGUUUUUGUUAAAGGAAGCUUUCUUGGACAGUGAAAUAUCUUCAUUUCAGUGACUUGUAUUCAUGUAUUGAGAUUAGGAACUGGCUUCCAGCUUUUCUGAGAGACUAUGAAGUGGUAGUUUGUUGUGUUGUGAAAAACAUGGAUGUCUUGAACAAACUCGCACUAACACCAUUAGGACUAGAUGCAUCCUUCUUUGAGAUUAGUUUGUUUGAUCAAACUCAAUUUUUGUCAAAAGUGGGACCCGUUUAUAUUUGCUAAAGAUCAUAGCUUUUCUUCUACAUUGAACAUGUGGAGAACACUGUUUGAAGUUUGGAUUAAAGAAUUUUGUUGGAA